CACGAGCUCGUUCUCUCUACAAGACCAACACAGAAAUGAGAUUUCACAAAACAGUUUACAGAUUUUCUCAAAUAAAGAACAGAACUCCAUUAUUGUUUCAAUCAUCAACUCAAGCUUCUCGUUCCUUCUCUCUGUUUAAAUCAAAACCGAAGCCACAAAAACAGGGCUCUUUCGGAAUUGCAUUUGACAUUGAUGGAGUUGUGCUUCAUGGCCGCGUUCCCAUUGGAGGCUCGCCUCAAGCUUUGAAAAGAUUGUACGGCCAUUCUGGUAGUUUGAAGGUUCCAUUUUUGUUCUUGACAAAUGGAGGAGGGAUACCAGAAUCCAGACGAGCAGUAGAAUUAAGUGAACUUUUGGGUGUCAACAUUUUAACUUGGCAGGUUGUACAGGGUCACUCACCUUUUAAAAACUUGUUGAAAAGAUUUGAGAAUGAACUUAUAGUUGCCACUGGUAAAGGAGAACCUGCUUUGGUGAUGUCUGAGUAUGGUUUCAAAAAUGUUCUCUCCUUAGAUGAGUAUGCAUCAUACUUUGAGAACAUUGAUCCUGUAUCUCAAUACAAGGCAUGGAUUAGCCGCUCGUUGAGAGGAUAUAAUGUUUCCUCUGAAAGAGUUAAGGCAACUUUUGUUGUUAGUGAUCCUGUAGACUGGGGCAGAGACAUUCAGGUUCUUUGUGACAUCCUAAGAUCUGGGGGCCUUCCUGGACAAGUGAAUGGAGAUCAACCGCCUUUGUUCUUUGCUGCUGACGAUCUCGAGUACCAGGCCGCAUUUCCCUCAAAACGUCUGGGAAUGGGUGCUUUCAGAAUUGCACUGGAAAACGUCUUUAACAGAAUUCACCAUAGUCCUCUGGAGUAUGUGACUUUUGGGAAGCCAAAUGCUUUUGUAUUUAAGAAUGCUGAAGCGAUUUUGAGCCAGUUUCUGCCAUCAAGUAUUGCUGAUAAUGCGUCACAUCCUUUUAAAACCCUUUAUAUGAUUGGUGACAAUCCCUCUGUAGACAUCAAAGGUGCAAGACAGGCAGGACAUCCAUGGUUUUCUAUCUUGACAAGAACGGGAGUUUUCAAGGGGAGCGGUAAUGAUGCAGAGUUUCCAGCAGAUUUGGUUGUUGACACAGUUGAAGAGGCAGUAGAUUAUAUUCUGAAACGGGAGUUUAUUUCUUAGUAGAGUAUUGUUUUUACUCAACACCCCAUCUUCUAAUUCAAUCAAACAUCAUACUAGACAUUUUUUAAUCCAAUUGAAUUCAAAUUAUUUUGUAAAAAUUCAGUGCUAAAGUCGACCAACAUAUAGUAUUGUCAUUAUCAUAAACAUCAAUCAGUAAU